UCAUGAUUUCUUAUGUUGAAACUCUAUAAAUUAUUAAUGAGUUUGAGAAAUACAUGCACAUGUGCUACAAGAAAAGUGAACAUGAACUCUUCAGGGUGAUUAUUGUCUUUUGCUCACAUGUGCCAGAUUCCACAAUUACAUGUAACAUGAUGAAAUUAGUGUAAUGUAUAUUGCAAUCCAGUAUGGUGAAGGAGGAAAGGUAACCAAUUAAUAAUCACUUGUUGACUUUGUUUUCUAAUUACCCUACCCCAGAUGAGUGGAGCAUGGAGGAUAAGAUCCUGUUUGAACAAGCAUACAGUUCUCAUGGGAAAAGCUUCAAACGGAUCCAACAAACAUUGCCAGACAAGUCAGUGGCUUCCCUGGUUAAGUAUUACUAUUCGUGGAAAAAAACAAGAAGCCGAACUAGUUUGAUUGAUCGGCAAGCAAAGAAAAUGGCUGUACAAAAGGAGCCCAUCAAUGAUCCUGAGAGUGAUAAUAGUGAUUCAAGUGACAGUGACUUUGAACCAGAAAAAGAGCAAUCAAGACAAACAAAUGGACAGAGCAAACCAAAGAUGAUAACCAAGCCACCCACUGGAACACCAACAGCUGGCAUUACUGGCCCUUGUGUUAACUGUCGCACACAGAGCUCUCAACUUCAUGCAACUCAGAAGGGGAACAUGUGCAGUGCAUGUUAUCAGUUCUUAAGUCAAAAAGCACAUCACAAUUCAAUGGAGGUACCAACUUUGAGUCUGGCCUCAUUUUACAGGAGAACUGGAACUCUGCGACCGAGGCACGAAGGACGAGAAACAAGAACUGGACACCGUGGAAAUAAAGUCAAAAGAAAAGCACCAAAGGGAAUGGUUUUGUCUCAAGAGUAUCUUGUCUCUGUGUCUGGUACCCAUGGUGAUAGCCAUGUGCGUCCAUUGGAGAUGGAAAUAGUAAACCUCAAGCGGCAAAUCCAGGCUAAUAAACAGUCAAUAAGUCAACACAAGUACCAGCUGGAGAGUGGAGUUGAAACCUUGAGACCAGGAGAUCAAAAUAUCAAGAACAACGCCAGGUGGUCAAAUGAAGAGUUGCUAUUGGCAGUCCAGUCUGUAAGACGCUAUGGGAAAGACUUCCAAGCCAUGGCCGAAGUGUUAGGCAACAAAAGUGUAAGUCAGUGCCGCAACUUCUUUGUGAACUACAGAAGACGUUUCAACCUUCAGCAAGUUCUUGAAGAGUACGAAGCUGAACAGGGCAUCACGAGCAGUGAUAGAAAAGACGAUGAUUUACAGGUUCUACACAUGUCAGGAUCACCGGGGAGUAGUGGCAACUCGUCACCCAGUCAACCAGACAGAGCCUCCCCCUCCAUCCCCACCCAGGGCAUACCCAGCCAGCCACCUCCACUUCUAAAACCAUCAGUGUCACAGGCUCAGCGCCAUCCACCUCCCUUGCAACCUCAGGCCGGAAUCCCACGGUCCAGCCAGGGGGGGCUACAAGGACCGCCUCCACUGAUUAAGCCCAUGGUUCCACCUAUACGUCCACAACCUCUUCACCCUCAAGCCAACCCUAUGAUGCGACAGUCCCCACCGGCACCUCCACAUUUAAUUCAGCAAAUAAUGGAGCAGAAACCCCUCGGAGGUCCUGUUGGGAGAUCUGAGUCGCCACAUAGCGCCUCUGGAACCCCUCCCUUAAGGCAGACGCGCUCUGGCAUGUGAUGACAUAGCCUUGCUGUCAGGAAAUUGCUUUCAAGCUAACAAAACGUUCAUUUAAGAAUAUAUAUAUUUUUGUUCAUUUCAAAUGAUAAUUGCGUUUUUUCAAUCGAAAUCCCGUCUUCGACAAAUGACUGAAUCCGUUUUCGUUGAAGAGGAUGUUGAGUUACUCUGUGCCUGAUGUUUAUUUCCAAGGGCUCUGUUUGAUUCGAUGAUGACAGCCAGAAACUUCUAACAAUUUGUUUGUCAAUACUGUUGUCAUGUUCUGACUUUUAGCGGCAUCUGACUUAUUUAAUCCUUUAACUCUUGCAUGUAAUAAAGCUGGUUAGAAACGAGACAAUGUUUCGGAAAUUUCCACUUGGGAAAAACGACCCAACGACCGAAAAGUACUGCUCAAUAGCUUUCAUUUGAAUGGUCACACGCUAGGGUUUCAUCUACAGACCAAAGAGUUAGAACCACCUCGCACAGCAUAAUAAACAGUACCACAUGAAAAUACUGCUCAAUAGCUUUCACUUGAAUGGUCACACACUAGGGUUUCAACAACAGGCUUGAAAGUUAGAACCACCUUUUACGUAAUAAUUGCGACGCUCAACAGCUUUCACUUGAAUGGUCCAACUUGAGAAUUUCAUCAAGUGACUAAAAAGUAAGAUACCCUUUGUAUGAUGCCAGCCUUCGAGUCGUACGUCUCCGGAAGAGAAGGCGGAAAUUCAGGCUUAUACUAUUUAAGGUUUGAAUCUAGUCAAUGUCUUUCUUUUGAUGAGUUCUGAGGUAGAUAAAAAGAUAACAGGUGUUUUUGUUAGGGCUCAUUAAAAAAAGAAAGAAAUCACAAAGCUCUGUACAGAAACAAAUAUACUAAAAGCCUAUAUGAAGCAAGCACACUAUUUAAAUAUUUUGGAUCGUUGUCUCAACAGGAUUCGUUUCCUCGCGAACGUUUCCUUUCUCGUUCAAUCUCUUACAGUUUGUUUUCAGAUCGUUACAACGGCUGCGAAUUUUAGCUUAUUUUGUUAUCUUUGUUACACCUUGUAACCUCGUUGUGGUUUGUGUAAUGGAAUAAAUAAAAUAAAAAAGGUUUCUAAAAAUUGA